UCCCAUCCCACUUCCUUCUAAUCUUCUGAUACCCUUCCACCAACACCCGAACAACACCACACCCAUCCACCCCAUCGUCAUCAUGUCUUUCCUCUUCGGCGGUGCCCCCAAGAUGUCCUCGGAGCAGAAGAUUGCUGCCGCUGAGACCGAGGUCGAGAUGGUUUCCGACAUGUUCAACCGCCUCACCGAGUCCUGCACCAAGAAGUGCAUCCCCAACGACUACCGCGAAGGCGACCUGAACAAGGGCGAGUCCGUCUGCCUCGACCGCUGCGUCUCCAAGUUCUUCGACGUCAACAUCAAGGUCAGCGAGAAGAUGCAGGGUGAGGCCGCCAGCAGACAGGGCGGCAUGGGCAUGGGCAUGUAAACUGCCCGGCGCGUGAAAAGUGAAAAGGGCUACCUUAGCUAGCUGUUCGGGUAACGAAUGUUUUCUUGUAUGCGUGUAUAAUCUAUUCGGGUUUCAGAGCUGCCAUGUGCUUCCGGUGCUUUUCUUUUGAGGGUUGAUCGGAUCGAGGCGGAAGGGAAGCAAGCUCUGGGUUGGCGAUCGGAUUGGCCUUGCAUAGACGGUAUCAUGAGCAUUUUGCUGGGAUCUGGGUUUUGUUUUGGAGCUAGGUCUUGUGUGCGGGUGGAGGCCGGAUUGGAUUGGGUCUCGUCGAUCGAGGACCGACCAGUCUUUUGCAUUGCACGGUCAACGCCAACUGCGCAAGUCUAUCUCGGGAAUUAUGUACAAUAGAAAUGAUAUGUGGAAAUUUACAAAUGACCUUCCGACGCGCUCGGUCAUUG